AUGGACGAGAACAUCAGCGAUUCGGAGGAGAUCGGAGACAACGUGGAUGUGGUUUUCGAAGACGACGAAAAUGGGACUCACGAAGAACCGAACAUGGACGGCGAUGAUGGAGUUGAUGAAUCCGAGGGAAAAAUAAUCGAAGACGAUUCAACUUCGGCUCUUUACGCUCACGAGAAGGACGUCUUUUGUGUGGAAGCGAGUGGAACGCGUUGGAUAGGAAGCGGUGGAGAAGAUGACAUGGCUCAUAUUUGGGACCUCAGCGCCUCUCCUACCGAUCCGGUGCUUUCCAUUCAACAUAACGAUUCCGUCGUUUCAAUCGCUUUCAAUUCGACAGGAACUCUCGUUGCCACUGGGGACAUGUCGGGGCGAAUCUUCAUCACUCAACUCAGUGACUUGUCGAAACGAAGUGAAAUCAGUGAUUGCUCGGAUAUUGAGUGGAUGUUCUGGCACAAGUCAUCUGACAUUCUGUUUGUGGGGGACUCUGAUGGUUCGGCGUGGAUGUGGCUCAUAUCACAAACCGGGAUCGCACAACAAAAAGUCUAUUCGUCGGGUAAUGCCACUACUUCUUCCGGGCUUCUUCUGCCUGAUGGCCGUCGAUUGCUUGUCGGAUACGAUGAUGGGACGCUGAAACUGUGGCAACUGCAAAAUCAGACGAAUUCCGGGAUUACUUGUGAUUCUGCAGUUCUUUCGAUUGCUCACUCGGAAACGCAACCUUUGGCUGCUGUCGGAACAGCGAAUGGGACUGUAUAUUUGCUCAAUUCGACAGUGGAUGCAAAUCUGAGAGCGUUGAAAACUUUCGCAACAAGUGACCCCUCUCAAGCUGAAGACAUGGAAACUGAAGAGACUGAACGUUCAGUUGAAUGUCUGACUUUUUGCAAAGAACAUUCAUGGAUAGCGGUGGGAAGGAAUGAUGGAACAACGAUUGUUUAUGAAACCGAUACACACAAUACAAGGUUUACGCAUACAAACGAGACCAAUCAAGCGGUCGUGAAAUGCUUGUGGAUUGGGUACUUGUUGGCGGUUGCGUCCGUCGAUGGGACAAUUGUGAUUUUCGAUGCUCGAAGUGGGAACAUUGUGAAAGAGUUGCGAUGUGGCGGUGAUCAAGUCCUGGAUUUCAGUCUUCUUCAAGUUCAGCCACAAAAAUUGAUUGUCGCUUGCUCGGGUGGAGCUAUUCGUUUCUUUGAUUUA